AUGACAGAGAACCUGACAGAGAACCUGACAGAGAACCUGACAGAGAACCUGACAGAGAACCUGACAGAGAACCUGACAGAGAAACUGACAGAGAACCUACAGGGCCUCAGACGGGCCCCGCUCACAGGGGCCUCAGACGGGCCCCGCUCACAGGGGUCUCAGACGGGGCCCGCUCACAGGGGCCUCAGACGGGGCCCGCUCACAGGGGUCUCAGACGGGCCCCGCUCACAGGGGUCUCAGACGGGCCCCGCUCACAGGGGUCUCAGACGGGCUCACAGGGGUCUCAGACGGGCCCCGCUCACAGGGGUCUCAGACGGGGCCCGCUCACAGGGGCCUCAGACGGGCCCCGCUCACAGGGGUCUCAGACGGGCCCCGCUCACAGGGGUCUCAGACGGGGCCCGCUCACAGGGGCCUCAGACGGGGCCCGCUCACAGGGGCCUCAGACGGGCCCCGCUCACAGGGGUCUCAGACGGGCCCCGCUCACAGGGGUCUCAGACGGGGCCCGCUCACAGGGGCCUCAGACGGGCCCCGCUCACAGGGGUCUCAGACGGGCCCCGCUCACAGGGGUCUCAGACGGGGCCCGCUCACAGGGGUCUCAGACGGGCCCCGCUCACAGGGGUCUCAGACGGGCUCACAGGGGUCUCAGACGGGCCCCGCUCACAGGGGCCUCAGACGGGGCCCGCUCACAGGGGCCUCAGACGGGCCCCGCUCACAGGGGUCUCAGACGGGGCCCGCUCACAGGGGCCUCAGACGGGGCCCGCUCACAGGGGUCUCAGACGGGCCCCGCUCACAGGGGCCUCAGACGGGCUCACAGGGGCCUCAGACGGGCUCACAGGGGCCUCAGACGGGCUCACAGGGGCCUCAGACGGGGCCCGCUCACAGGGGUCUCAGACGGGCCCCGCUCACAGGGGUCUCAGACGGGCCCCGCUCACAGGGGCCUCAGACGGGCUCUGCAAAGACACAUUCCAUGAUGUGUCUGCUCUUUAUCCAUGCUCCACAUAA